AUGGAGGAGACUGUGGUCCAGCCCUCGGUGUUUGUGGUGGAUGGACAGACCAACAUCCCCUUCACGAGGCUGGGGCCCAGAAAAGGGAAACAGAGCUGCAGUGCUGCCCAGCUGAGCCUGGGCCUCCUGCUGCUGCUACUGCUGGCCGGGAUGGCCGUCCAGGGCUGGUUUCUGAUGCAGCUACACGUGCGCGUGGGCGAGAUGGCCAGGCCCCUGCCGGAUGGAGAGCUGGGACCCCAGAAGCAGCUGACACAUGACCAGACUUAUCUGCAGAACAAACCAGCGGCACAUUUGACAGGAGCCAACUUAAGCACAGAGGGCCCGGUGCUGUGGGAGACGCAGCGGGGACUGGCCUUCUUGAAGGACUUCAGCUACCGCAAUGGCUCCCUGGUGGUGCAGCACGCCGGCUACUACUACAUCUACUCCAAGGUGCAGAUGGCCGACAAUAACUGCCCAAAUUAUGCCCUGUCCAUCACCCAUGCCCUCCACUUGCGCACACCCCGCUACCCUGAGGAGCUGGAGCUGCUGGUCAAUGUGCAGUCACACUGUCGGACAGCCAAGCCCCACACCUGGUGGCACAGCAGCAACCUGGGCGGCGUGGUGUACUUGGAGGCUGGAGAUGAGCUGCUUGUCCACAUAAAGGCCAACAGGGUGAUCGGGCUGAGAGACAGCUCCCGGUCCUACUUCGGGGCUUUCAUGCUGUGAGGACGGCACAAUGGCCGAUGGACUAGGGGUCUGAGAACUUGCAGGGGCAACCUCCGGAU